AUGAGGGGAUACCAAUUUACUUGGGAGAAGUACAGUGGAACGGAUCAAUGGUUAGAGGAGAGAUUGGAUAAGGUGUUGGCGACGAUGGAGUGGUGUGAUGCGCAUGGAAGGGCGGGUGUAGAGAAUAUAAUCACUCGUAACUCAGACCAUUCGGCUUUGUUCCUUGAUAUGAAUGCACAAAGAAGGGGAGGACAAAGGAUCCCGAGGAACUUCAAGUUUGAGAUGGCAUGGCUGCUGGAUGAGGGGUGUAGAGAAGUGGUGGAAACCGCCUGGCAAGGGGGGAGGACAGAGGGAUUGUUGAAUUGUCAGCAACGAUGUGGGGACAGGCUGAUGCGCUGGGGUGGAGACCAUUUUCAUAAGUUUGGGGAGCAUAUCUGGCGGCUGCGCAAGGAGCAGGGGCGGAUCCGUGGUAGGAGGGAUCCGGCAUCUUUGGCUGAGUUCCAGCUGUUGGAUAAUCAGAUCUCUCAGUUAGAAGCCCAAGAAGAUGUUUUUUGGAGGCAGAGAGCGAAGUAG